AUGGCUUCUCCAGCGAAGAAAGUGCGGAAAGCAAACUUUUCACCCGCUGAAAUUUCCGUUUUAACGGAAAAAUUUGAAGAAAAUAUGGACAUUCUUCAAAGUAAAUUUACCAACAGUAUAACAAAUGCAAAAAAAAACAAGAUUUGGGAAGAAAUCUCGGAGGCGGUAAACACCGUCGGUGUGACAGCAAGAUCAACGCAGGAAGUACGAGACAAGUGGAAAAACCUCCAGAGUCACGCAAAAAGAGAAUUCAGUUCCUUUAAAAGUGAACAGAAGAAGACAGGUGGUGGCCCUGCUCCCCCGAACCCAUCAGAAGCCAGUUUAA